AUGAUGAAACAAAAAAUGAACUUACAUAUUAUUAUAAAAAUUUGUGAGUUUCUCGUUUUAACUUGGAUAUACCCUUUUAUCAAUGAUCUGAAUGUACCUAAUUAUUAUUUGGAUAAAUGCUACAAUAAUAAUAGAAUGUUAGAUACAAGAAAUUAUCGAUCACUGACAAAAAAUAAGCGGGAAAAAGAAUCAAAUAUUGCAGGAGUAAAAGAAGGAAAAUCAAUAUAUAAGAAAUUCGAAAAAAAAGAAAUAUUUAAUAAUGAAAAAGAAUCUACAGUUAGAAACAAGCUAUCAAAUGGAAGUUUACUAAAUAAGGCACAGUACUACACAGAAAUUAUAGAUUAUAAUAAUGGAAUGUUUGAUGGAAAACAUUUCCAUUUUCAAAAAAAAUGGAUAAAAAAAAAAUAUUAUGAUGAUUUUCUUGAGAAAAAAAAGAGAAUUCAUGAUAUAGCUUUAAAAAAAAUAAAAUUUAAAAAUUACGGAUUUGGAGUUGCUAUACUUUUUAUUUUUUUCUUAUUCGGAUUAGGAUUACCUACACUAAAUAUAUUAUCUACUUUAAAUAUUAUACAAAAUGGAGUUUACGAAAACACAUUAAUGCAUAAGAUUUGGAUAUUUAUAGAAGGAUGCAUCAAUGGAAUUGGUUUAAACAAAGAUAAUAUAUAUUUAGUAUCAUUGUCUAUACUUCUCGUUUUAUUAGCUAUUGUAGUUAUAAUAGUCUUAACUAGGAUUUUAAGAAAUAAUGAAAAAUAUAAUAAGACUAAAUUGAUGAUUGAUUAA